AAUUCACUUUGCUACUAAGAUGGAGGGAGCCCCCAUAACAAACCGCCACCUCUCGACCACUGCUGCGAGCCCUCCUCUUCCCUGCCCUAGAAGCUUACAUUGGGAAGCGGCCGGGGGAGAGACGCCGUGGAGAAGGAGGAGGAGGAGAAACGGAGAGAUCCAGCCUAAAGGAGUGGUGAAUAUGGCGCAGUACGGAGAGAGAUACGAAGGCAACUGCGAUGGGUACAAUGGAUACGCCGCCGAUUCCCCUCAGGCGAAGGGAAACAGUUUCGAGAACUCAGUGGAUCCCAGAUCUAAGUAUGAUUUUCACGAACAUGAAAGAACAUCGUCAAGAAGAAAAGACAGCGAUAUCGAGAGAGUCAGGGAGAAAACUAGGGAGCGUAGCAAGGAUAGAGAAAGACCAAGAGAAAGAGAAAAAAACAGGGAGCUUGUUCGAGACAGGGAUCUGGAUCGUUACCACAGAGAGCACAAGGACAGAAGUGAAAAAAGGGAACGUGGUCGAGAUAGAUCUGAUGACCGUGAUCGUCUCCAUAGCCGAGACUAUGAUAGGCAUAAAGAUUAUGAGAGAGACAGAGAUGGGCAUCGUAGAUAUCGAUUGCGAUCUCUGUCAAAAAGCAGAUCUACUAGGAGAUCAAGAUCUCGUUCACUAUCAACGAGCAAACGCAUCAGUGGUUUUGACAUUACCCCACCAGCUGCUUCUCUUCUACCUGAUGCAACUGCUGCAGAAACUCAGUUUCUCUACACAGGUCAACUCUCUGGAGCCACUCCAGUCAUUCCUGGAAUCUUCCCAAACAUGUUUCCUUUGGCAGCUGGACAGAUUCCAACUUUCCCUAUGAUGCCAGUGCAAGCCAUGACUCAGCAGGCUACUCGUCAUGCUCGCCGUGUAUAUGUUGGAGGCCUUCCUCCAUCUGCUAAUGAGCAGUCAGUUGCAAUUUUCUUUAGCCAGGUUAUGUUUGCUAUUGGAGGGAACACAGCUGGUCCAGGUGAUGCCGUUGUCAAUGUGUAUAUCAACCACGAGAAGAAAUUUGCAUUUGUAGAAAUGAGGUCUGUUGAAGAAGCGAGCAAUGCAAUGGCAUUGGAUGGCAUUAUUUUUGAGGGUGCCCCAGUGAAGGUCAGAAGGCCAAGUGAUUAUAACCCUUCCCUUGCAGCUGCACUUGGUCCAAGCCAACCUAAUCCUAAUCUUAAUCUUGCUGCAGUAGGACUGACACCUGGCUCUGCUGGUGGACUUGAGGGACCUGAUCGCAUUUUUGUAGGAGGACUUCCAUACUAUUUCACGGAAGUGCAAGUUAGAGAAUUGCUUGAGUCCUUUGGGCCUCUCCGUGGUUUUGAUCUUGUGAAGGACAGGGAAACUGGCAAUUCAAAAGGAUAUGCAUUCUGUGUCUACCAAGACUUAUCUGUCACUGAUAUUGCAUGUGCAGCUCUUAAUGGUAUCAAAAUGGGUGAUAAAACCCUUACUGUAAGGCGUGCUAACCAAGGUACUGUGCAGCCAAGACCAGAACACGAAAGUGUACUGCUACAAGCACAACAACAAGUGGCAUUGCAGAAACUUGUUUACCAGGUUGGAUCUCUUCCUACAAAGGUGAUAUGCUUAACUCAUGUGCUUGCUCCAGAUGAACUUGGAAACGACGAUGAAUAUGAAUACAUAAUGGAAGACAUGAGGGUAGAAGGUGGAAAAUACGGUAAGUUGGUCAACGUUGUAAUCCCACGUCCUGGACAAAAUGGAGAACCAACCCCUGGCGUUGGAAAGGUAUUUUUGGAGUAUGAGGAUGUUGAUGGGUCUGCCAAAGCCAGGCAAGGAUUGCAUGGAAGAAAAUUUGGGGAAAAUCAAGUUGCCGCAGUCUUUUAUUCCGAGAACAAGUUUGCCGAAGGUAACUAUGAUGACUAAGUAUCAUUGACUGUGGUCCGCAAAGCAGUUACAUCCCCAGUACCAUUGUGUAAUGCUGUAAUAUAUAUAUGAGUUCUAGACGCUCCAAAUAUAAUAGCUUAGAUUCAUUGUGGUAAUAAGCCCAGAGAGGAGAUACGAUGCAAUAUUCUAGCCUAUCAGACACCUAAUUAGUGAAACUUUAAUCAAUAGAUGUUACCUGUGUCGUUCUUAA